UUAAUGAUAAUCUUUCUUCGGGAUACCGGGCCUUUUCUGUGUUCAUCUCAAGGGAUAAAUAUUACGGGUGUGAAUAUACCGUGUUUAUAUAAACAGCCAUCUGGUGAAACUAGCAACUGUAAAUGUGAUGGGAAAUGUCUGAUUUAUGGCGACUGUUGUAAAGAUAAAUACAAUUCGUUCAACGAAACACAGAUUUCUGAAAUCCAAGUUUCUACUGCCACUUGCGUUGAUAUAUCGUCGGAAGCGUACUACAUCAUCCAGACUUGCGCUUCUUCAUGGACUGACGAUCGCACGAGAGACCUUUGCGAACACGUUGAUGAUGUCCACGACAUAUUACAAAACUUACCUGUAUAUGACCCGGAUGGUAAUCACUUUAAAAAUAUGUUUUGUGCUUUUUGCAAUAAUAUUCAAAUAGACGACAUGAUCGCAUGGCAAGCAAUGAAACCGGAAACACACUCCUCUGAAACUGAAAGUGAUAUCUUCAACAUUCAGUAUAGUGUGCCUUCUAGCUUAGCCGAAUACUUACAACCAAGAAUAUGCAUUGACAUGGGAAUUGCUUAUUGUGAUUACAUUAAUGUCAAUGAAUCAGGUCAGAGGUGUCCUGAAUAUUACGAACCUAUAGUUUAUGAGAACAACUAUCAAAUAACAUUGUAUAAAAACUCCGAAUGUGCUCUUUGCAAUGGAAUUGAUUUUAAUGGAACUAUAAACUGUUCAUCUCUUGGCUUGAGUGAAAAUGAUUUUAACAAAGAAAAUGAAGGACCUCCUUUUCCCGGUUUUUCAAGACCUUUGACGGUGCUACUUGGAGCCUCUGCCAGUAAAAUUCUAGCAACAGAAACAAAAAAGCUAUGUAAAAGUGGCGAAGUGUUUGAUCCUUUUAGAAAGGUUUGCAUCAUUCUCUACUGUUCUGAUGGGUACCAGCUUCUAGGUAACCAAUGUAUCGCAUCAAUUUGUAGCACGUGGCUGUUACAAUUCAAUACAAGUACUAGAGGCAAUAAAGAUACCAACGCCAAUAGCACUUUGACGUGUCUUCUUCAGAACUUCGAAACUGCUAAUUCAACAGAAUUUAUAGUACUAACAUCGUAUUCUCAUUAUUCUACCAAUAAUCAAUUAGAACUUUAUUUCGAACUACGAAGUAACAUGAAUUACCAGUAUUUAAGUAAAUACCUUUCAUAUUUAUUUCCACCAAACAUUGAAAAACGUCAACAAAAUUUUACGAAUUGCAAUGUGACGUCAAUGUCGGUUGAUCAAUUUUGUGAAUAUUUUCAUAAGUAA